AUGGACCCUCGGCGCGGAAAGGCGACGCAGACAGCUUCGAAGGCCGGAGCCUCCGCCCCUAAGCUUUCGGUGCGAAGUGCGAAGGGCCCCCUGACGCAGCCCACCGAAUCUCGAGCUGCUCCCAAGGCCGCCCGGCCCACCGCGAGGGCCGGUGGCCCCCCCAGGGAAUCGGGAUCCCCGCAGAAGAAGAGCGCUCCGGACCCUCAGGAGAGGCCGCAGGACCGCGCGCCGGGGGCCCGGGCCAAGAGGCCAUCACUACGCGCCCGGGACGCGCAGCCUUCGGGGGCUGGCAGCGCCGUCCCGGCGGAGGGACAGCAGACUCCGACAGAGGUACAGUCGGUUCCCGCGAAGUGGCUGGAGCCUCCCGCGGUCCCGAGGCCCCCACUUUCCAGGACAGGAUCUCGCGGCGAUAGGGGCGAGCGCUUCGCUCCGGAGCGGAAACCCCAGCCCACGCCGGUGCCCAGCCCCGGACCGCCGGAACUUACCCCAGAUCUCGGCCGUGGGGAGGCGGCGUCCAGCGGCUGGAAGCCCCGGACGGUGCUGGAGAAGUUGAGGCUGAGACGCCAGGAAAUCUCGGUGGCGGCCGAGGUCGUGAACCGGGUGGUGGACCACCUGUUGCGGAGACUGCAGAACCGCGAGUCCGAGUUCAAAGGCGUCGCGCUGCUCAACACCGGGAGCUACUACGAGCACGUGAAGCUUUCUGCACCUAAUGAAUUUGAUGUCAUGUUUAAACUGGAAGUCCCCAGAAUUCAACUAGAAGAAUAUUGCAACAGUGGUGCUCAUUACUUUGUGAAGUUAAAAAGAAAUCCCAAAGGAAAUCCUCUGAAUCAGUUUUUAGAAAAUGAAAUAUUAUCUGCUUCUAAGAUGCAGUCAAAAUUUAGGAAAAUUAUUAAGGAAGAAAUAAAAAACAUCAAAGAUGCAGCUGUCAGUAUGGAGAGAAAGAAAAGAGGGAGUCCUGCUGUAACACUUCUUAUUAGAAAACCUGAAGAAAUAUCUGUGGAUUUAAUCCUGGCUUUGGAGUCAAAAAGCAGCUGGCCUGCUAGCACCCGAGAAGGCCUGCCCAUCAAUAACUGGCUUGGAACAAAAGUUAGGAAUGAUCUAAGACGACAGCCAUUUUACCUUGUACCCAAGCAUGCAAAAGAAGGAAAUGGUUUUCAAGAAGAAACAUGGCGGCUGUCCUUUUCUCACAUUGAAAAGCACAUUUUGUUCAGUCAUGGAGAAUCUAAAACAUGCUGUGAAACGGAUGGAGUGAAAUGUUGCAGGAAAGAUUGUUUAAAGCUAAUGAAAUACCUUUUAGAACAGCUGAAAAAGAAGUUUGAAGACCAGAAAGAACUGGAUAAAUUCUGUUCUUAUCAUAUGAAAACUGCCUUCCUUCACAUCUGUACCAUGUACCCACAUGACAGUCAGUGGCAUUCCAAAGACCUGGAACUCUGCUUUGAUAACUGUGUGGCAUACUUUCUUGAGUGCCUCAGGAAAGAACAACUUAAGAAUUAUUUUAUUCCUGGAGUUAAUCUAUUCUCUCAAGACCAAAUUGACAAAAUAAGUAAAGAAUUUUUGUUCAAUCAAAUUGAAUAUGAAAGAAACAAUAGAUAUCCAGUUUUUAGAGAAUUUUGA